GCCCCGUUUCGGGGACCGGGCGAGCGCGCCCCCGGCCCGCGGACCGCGCGCACAGCCCACGCCGCGGGCAAGCAAGACCUCGGCCCGCUUCCAUGACUUCCAGUAAGAUCGAGAUGCCCGGCGAGGUGAAGGCCGACCCCGCCGCCCUCAUGGCGUCCCUGCACCUUCUGCCGUCGCCCACGCCCAACCUCGAGAUCAAGUACACCAAGAUUUUUAUUAACAAUGAGUGGCAGAACUCAGAGAGUGGAAGAGUGAUCCCUGUCUAUAAUCCAGCCACAGGAGAGCAGGUGUGUGAAGUUCAAGAAGCAGACAAGGCAGAUAUAGACAAAGCAGUGCAGGCAGCCCGCCUGGCUUUCUCUCUUGGUUCAGUGUGGAGGAGGAUGGACGCUUCUGAAAGAGGACGUCUGCUGGAUAAGCUUGCAGACUUGGUGGAACGAGACAGGGCCAUCCUUGCAACCAUGGAAUCCCUAAAUGGUGGCAAACCGUUCCUGCAAGCUUUUUACGUGGAUUUGCAGGGGGUCAUCAAAACCCUUCGGUAUUAUGCAGGCUGGGCUGAUAAAAUUCAUGGGAUGACCAUUCCUGUAGAUGGAGAUUAUUUUACCUUCACAAGACACGAACCCAUUGGAGUGUGUGGACAGAUCAUCCCGUGGAACUUCCCCCUGCUGAUGUUUGCCUGGAAAAUUGCUCCAGCUCUGUGCUGUGGCAAUACAGUAGUUAUUAAGCCAGCAGAACAAACACCACUCAGCGCGCUCUACAUGGGAGCUCUCAUCAAGGAGGCUGGCUUUCCACCAGGAGUCAUCAAUAUUUUGCCAGGAUACGGGCCAACGGCUGGGGCAGCAAUAGCUUCUCACGUUGGCAUAGACAAGAUUGCGUUCACAGGGUCUACUGAGGUUGGAAAACUCAUCCAAGAAGCAGCUGGGAGAAGUAAUUUGAAGAGAGUAACUCUGGAACUUGGAGGGAAAAGCCCCAAUAUUAUUUUUGCAGAUGCUGAUUUGGACUAUGCUGUGGAGCAGGCUCACCAGGGCGUGUUCUUCAACCAAGGCCAGUGCUGCACUGCAGGGUCUCGUAUCUUUGUGGAGGAGUCCAUCUAUGAAGAGUUUGUGAGAAGGAGCGUGGAACGGGCCAAGAGGCGCAUAGUGGGAAGUCCCUUUGAUCCCACCACCGAGCAGGGACCCCAGAUUGAUAAGAAACAGUACAACAAGAUCCUGGAACUCAUCCAGAGCGGUGUGGCCGAGGGAGCCAAACUGGAGUGUGGAGGCAAAGGGCUGGGCCGAAAGGGGUUUUUCAUCGAGCCCACAGUGUUUUCCAAUGUCACCGACGACAUGCGGAUUGCCAAGGAGGAGAUCUUUGGCCCUGUUCAGGAAAUUUUGAGGUUUAAGACUAUGGAUGAAGUUAUUGAAAGAGCCAAUAACUCAGACUUUGGGCUUGUGGCAGCUGUCUUUACUAAUGACAUCAACAAGGCCCUCACGGUGUCUUCUGCAAUGCAAGCUGGGACUGUUUGGAUCAAUUGUUACAAUGCCUUGAAUGCUCAGAGCCCCUUUGGGGGAUUCAAGAUGUCUGGAAAUGGAAGAGAAAUGGGUGAGUUUGGUUUGCGAGAGUACUCUGAAGUUAAGACUGUAACAGUAAAGAUCCCCCAGAAGAACUCUUAAGAUGGCCAAGAUGGAAGGUGAAGUCCAGCCUGCACGACUCUCCCCUCUGCUUUCCCUGCGGGGCCCAGCUCUCAGGAAUCCAAAGUUGAUACUCGGUCCUUAUUUAUCGAUUCAAGUGACAAUGUGUGGGCCAGGCCGGUCGCUGCAUAAUGAAAGCAGACCAGUUGGGCACGGUUUCUUGGCACUCUGUGAGAGAUCACCUUAAUGAUACCAGAUAGUGGGGAAAGUGGGAUGAAGGCAGGAGGAGUGGCUGUGGGGCACAUCGGUGUUUCCUUCUGGGGUGAGGGGCUCAGUGAGGGUGUGGUAUUACUCGAUGCCAUUUGUCACCAAGGACUUCCCUGGUGAGGAAAGGCGGCCUGUCCAUUGUCUUCAUUUCCCCUUCAGGCUCUCUCUGCUCACCCACCCCUCCCAGGGAGAUCUCAGCUGAGCUCAUUUGGGGCAGAUGUUUGGGCCGGGAACAAUUUUCCAAGGUUUUGCAGCCAAAUUACCGUUUCAUGUUAUCCAUUUCUUCAAAGCAAAACAUGAAAUGGUUUUAGUUAGAGCCAGACCAGACUGAAAAUGCCAGGAGCUGGUACACUGCAGAUGUACUAAGGAGUAAGAACUUGGGAUAUUCCUGACCCAGACUAGUUGUUUUACAUCCGUAAAUAACAUGAGCAAAAGAUCAGAAAGAUGGAACUCCAGAGAUCAUCAUGUGUAGUUCACAGCCUCGGAGUUCACCGUAUGGUUUUGCUGGGUGAGAGAGAGAGAGAGAGAGAGAGAGAGAGAGAGAGAGAGAGAGAGA